AGGAACGCUGUUGCUAGUCAAUGUGUUUUGCUACAAAGUUGAGCUGCGAUUACAAUGCAUAAUAGCGCAAAAAGUAGUAUGAUAAAAAUGGUAACUACAUGACUGGCGAAAGUGUAAAAAUGUCCACGGAGGAGCUUCUGUCAGUAGACUAUGAGGUGUAUGGGAGGGUCCAGGGAGUGUUCUUCCGGAAAUACACUCAGUCCGAGGCGAAGAAGCUGGGUUUGGUUGGCUGGGUGCAGAAUACUCAGGCUGGAACAGUGCAGGGCCAGCUUCAAGGCCCAGCAUCACGAGUAAAUCAGAUGCAGGAGUGGCUGAGGACUACCGGCAGCCCCCAGUCCCGAAUUACAAAAGCUGAGUUCAAGAAUGAGAAGACUAUAGAUAAAAUGGACUUUAAGGACUUCAAAGUAGUCCGCUAAUCAAUAGUAAAUGAAUUAACUUAUUUAUAGUAUGAACCUAUCAAUGUUUUAUUUAAAAAUAUUUAAAACUCAUUAUUUGUCUGUUACACUGAAAAACACUGUAUGUAGCAUGGCCAAUAACAACUAAUUUACAUAACAGUGAAAUUGCUCCUUCUUACUUAUUUCCAUGCAGUGAGGCAAGUUAAUUUAGUAGGUGUAAUAGUUCAAUUAAGAAUAAAUAGUUUUAAGUGACUUGAAAGUUUUAGGUGCUUGCACAGUAGUUAAACUGUAUCUGCUUCAAGCUCAACCACUGCCAAGCUGCCACUGCUGAGCUCUGUUUGCUUUGGCUAAAGCAUCUGCCAAAUGCCUAAAUGGAAAUAUAAACUGGCACUUUCUAACCAUUUA